AUGGCCGCCCAGGUGGAGCCGCUGCUGCCCGCGGGCGCCGCGCUGCUGCCGGCCGACGAGCCGGGCGCGCUGCUGCGGAAGAAGCCGCCGGCCGCCGACGCCGCGGGCCCCGAGCCGGCCGCGCAGCAGGACGGCGCGGCGCGCAGGCCCGGCCGGCCCGAGGGCCGCGACAGCCCGGCCGGCGACGACGGCGGCGGCGAGGCGGGCGCGGGGGGCGCGGGCCGCCGGGACUUCGUGGAGGCGCCGCCGCCCAAGGUGAACCCCUGGACGAAGCUCGCGCCGCCGCCGCCGCCGCCCUCGCAGCCGCACGCGCCGCCGCCGCAGCCCCCGCCGCACCCGCCGCCGCCGCCCGGCCUGGCCGCCGUCAACGGGCAGUCGCCGCCAGAACAGUCUGCUCCAGCCAAGGUGGUGAGGGCGGCAGUUCCUAAGCCACGCAAGGGCAGCAAGGUUGGUGACUUUGGAGAUGCCGUCAACUGGCCCACCCCUGGAGAGAUAGCCCACAAGAGCGUGCAGCCGCAGUCUCACAAGUCUCAGCCUGCCCGGAAGCUGCUCCCCAAGAAGGACAUGAAGGAGCAGGAGAGAGGGGAGGGGAGUGACAGCAAGGACAGCCCGAGAGCCAAGUCGGACGAGUCGGGGGAGGAGAGGAAUGGGGACGAGGACUUCCAGCGAGCUGGGCAGAAGAAGAAAGGGAACAAACACAAGUGGGUCCCGCUGCACAUAGACAUGAAGCCAGAGGUGGCCCGAGACAAGCUGAUCUCCCGUCCUACUCGCCCCCCAGAAUCCCGACACACGCCCACCCCUCGCGGGGAGCUGAAAGGGUCUGAGCCCGCCACCUUUGUGCCCAUGCCCGUGGCGCCCCCCGCUCCCACCUGGCCACCGGAGACCAAAGCGGACCCUGCCUGGCCUGACCAGGAUGAGACCUCGAGUGUGAAGAGCGACGGGGCUGGUGGGGCGCGGGCUUCCUUCCGUGGCCGUGGACGGGGGCGUGGUCGCGGCCGGGGUCGAGGCCGGGGAGGCACACGAACCCAUUUCGACUACCAGUUUGGCUACCGGAAGUUUGACAGUGCAGAGGGUCCACGGGCCCCCAAGUACAUGAACAUCACCUACUACUUUGACAAUGUCAGCAGCACGGAGCUGUAUGGUGUGGACCAAGAGCUGCUCAAAGACUACAUAAAGCGUCAGAUCGAGUACUACUUCAGUGUGGACAAUUUGGAGCGGGACUUCUUCCUGCGGAGGAAGAUGGAUGCGGAGGGCUUCCUGCCCCUCACCCUGAUUGCCUCUUUUCACCGUGUUCAGGCCCUCACCACCGACAUCUCCCUAAUCUUUGCGGCCCUGAAGGACAGUUCGGUUGUCGAGAUUGUGGCUGAGAAGGUGCGCCGGAGGGAGGAGCCAGGGAAGUGGCCGCUGCCCGGGCCUCCAGCUGUGGACCAUGCGCAGACAGACUUCUCCCAGCUGCUCAAUUGCCCUGAGUUCGUGCCCCGCCAGCACUGCCAGAAGGAGACCGAGUCAGCACCCGGAUCUCCCCGUGCAGUCACCCCAGUGCCAGCCAAAACUGAGGAGGUGAGCAAUCUCAAGACACUCCCCAAGGGCCUGUCGGCCAGCCUGCCCGAGCUGGACUCCGAGAACUGGAUAGAAGUGAAGAAGCGGCCCCGGCCCUCCCCAGCUCGGCCCAAGAGGUCCGAGGAGCCCCGGUUCCUCCACACCGCAGCCCUUCCGCAGCCCCUGCCCUCACAGCAGCCGCUGCCACCACGUGAGCAGGAGGAGCAAGAAGAGCUGGACUUCCUGUUCGAUGAGGAGCUGGAACAGAUGGAUGGACGCAAGAACACCUUCACUGCUUGGUCUGAUGAGGACUCGGACUACGAGAUUGAUGACCGAGAUGUCAACAAGAUCCUCAUUGUCACACAGACGCCCCCCUACAUGCGCCGGCACCCAGGUGGUGACCGCACAGGCAACCAUACCUCCAGGGCCAAGAUGAGCGCUGAGCUGGCCAAGGUCAUCAAUGACGGUCUCUUCUACUAUGAGCAGGAUCUGUGGACUGAGAAGUUCGAGCCCGAGUACUCACAGAUCAAGCAAGAAGUGGAGAACUUCAAGAAAGUCAACAUGAUCAGCCGGGAGCAGUUCGACACCCUGACCCCGGAGCCCCCUGUGGACCCCAAUCAGGAGGUCCCUCCCGGGCCACCUCGCUUCCAACAAGUCCCCACAGAUGCGCUGGCCAACAAGCUAUUUGGUGCCCCUGAGCCCUCCAGCAUUGCCCGCUCGCUCCCCACCACUGUUCCUGAGUCACCAAAUUACCGCAAUGCCCGCACACCCCGCACGCCCCGCACACCACAGCUCAAGGACUCCAGCCAGACACCCCGCUUCUACCCUGUGGUGAAGGAGGGACGGACGCUGGAUGCCAAGAUGCCGCGGAAGCGGAAGACACGGCACAGCUCUAACCCACCCCUGGAGAGCCAUGUGGGCUGGGUGAUGGAUUCCCGUGAGCACCGGCCGCGCACAGCCUCCAUCAGCUCCAGCCCUUCAGAGGGGACUCCAGCGGUGGGCAGCUAUGGCUGCACCCCACAGUCGUUGCCCAAGUUCCAGCACCCGUCCCACGAGCUGCUCAAGGAGAAUGGCUUCACGCAGCAUGUAUACCACAAGUACCGCAGGCGCUGUCUCAACGAACGGAAGCGCUUGGGCAUUGGUCAGUCUCAGGAGAUGAACACCCUCUUCCGCUUCUGGUCCUUCUUCCUCCGAGAUCACUUCAACAAAAAGAUGUAUGAGGAGUUCAAGCAGUUGGCUCUAGAGGACGCCAGGGAAGGCUACCGAUACGGUUUGGAGUGCCUUUUUCGAUACUACAGUUAUGGCCUGGAAAAGAAAUUCCGGCCAGACAUAUUCAAGGAUUUCCAGGAGGAAACAGUGAAGGACUAUGAAGCAGGCCAGCUCUAUGGGCUGGAGAAGUUCUGGGCCUUCUUGAAAUAUUCCAAAGCCAAAAAUUUGGACAUUGACCCUAAACUUCAAGAAUACCUCGGCAAAUUUCGACGUCUGGAGGACUUCCGGGUGGAUCCCCCCAUGGGUGAGGAGGGCAACCAUAAGCGACACCAGGUGGUGCCAGGAGGUGGCAGCAGUGAGGGCCGGAAGCGGUGCCCCUCGCAGUCUUCCAGCCGGCCUGGUCCUGGGUGCAGCCAACCUCCCCCACAGCCCACCAGCCAGCCUGUCCGGGAAGAUGCCAAAUGGACAAGUCAGCACGCAGACACUCAGACUUUGGGAAAGUGAAACUUCGCCCUUCAGGCCUGGGGUGGGAAUGUGGGGGGUGGGAGGAGCAGGGGGUGGGCAAAAGGCCAGUUCUGGGAUCGGGAGCAGAAGGGAUGGAUGGGCCUGGAGCCACAGGCAUGGGCCUUCAUACAGAGCGGCCAUGGGCAGCCCUCUGCGCUGCUGCUUCGAGAAACCACCUCCCGACUUCCUGGGGUGGGCAGGGAGAGAGCCUUUUCUAUCUAUAUAUAUAUAUACAUAUAUAUAUAUCAAGUUUUAAAUUAUUGAUCGUCUGUCUGGAUUACCAAAAUCACCCCGCAGCCCUGCCCACCCUGCCAUGGCCUCCUCACCUGCUCUCCUGAGCGACUGACUAUGUGCCCCAGCCUCAACCCCACCACUGCCCUGCGGGAGGCUCUGGCUGUGCCCUGGGCCCGGAAGCAACAGCCCUGACCCUGGGGCUGCACCACUGUCUGCUAGCCCUGCCUGCUGCUGGCCGCGCCCUCUGACCUACCAUCCUGGGGCGAAGGAAACCAAAGCAUCUCACUGUGGGGCCAGGCAGUCUCUGCCUCGACACCCCCCACCCCUGUCUCCCGUGCCCAGAGAGACGCUGCUCGAAACAGAAGAGACUGUUGAAAGAUUCGCUUUAUUUUUCUCUGACCUUUACAACCCUUGGGAAAAAAAUGGAAGAAAAAAAAAAGACAAAAUUGACCACAAAAGACCAAAAAAAAAAAAAAAUCAGAAACCCCACCUAAUUCACAGAAGGUGAUGUCUCCUCUGCCCUUGGAGUUGUUUUAUUCUGUUCUUGGAAAUAAUAUUUUUUUAAAAGUUGCCUUAUUGUAGAGCCGGAAUCGGAACUGUCCAGAUGCCCGUGUUCCUGCUUCCUGGGUGGACCUGCCACACCCCACGCCCCCUGUUGCAUGGACCACGCCCCUAGGGCGGGCGGCCAGGUGGGCUGCAGGGCCACUGAGAGACCUGUUGUCACCGUCGCAGCUUCCAUCACUGUCGUGUCCUCACCUGCUUUGCUUUCACCUGCCAGCCCUGUGCUCUGGAUCCCUCAUCCUGCCCUGGGAAGCCCCAAGGCCACGAGAGCUUCCUUCGGGGGAAGAGAACAUUCUCCCUGCAGCCUGCAAAGGAGGGGCCUUGUCUCAGCUCGACCUCUUUGACCCCGACCCCCACAGGGGGCAGGUGGACCCAAAAGGCUGUGAUUCUUCGGGGCCUGCCCACCCUUCCAGCCCAGCCCAGCCCAGGAGUUGGACCCUGCCUGUGCUUGUCUGGCAGGAAGGUAUAUGCGGACCUAGAGUGAGUAUACCUGCCGCCUCUCCACCACCCAUUUCUCUUGGAGCUAGAGGCCUGGCACCGCUGUCACUGCUCCCCCGUCCGCUCAGGCUGCAUUCUGUGUGCUGGCCUCUGUGUCCCAAGACUUCCCUGCACCCCGUUCCUCAGCUUGGCCCCGCGGAGACCACACACAGCAUGUGGCCUCUCGGACUUGGCUGUUCAGGAAGCCUCGGCAUGGGAUGCUCUGCUAGGAGGCUGGGGCAGCAUUUGCUGGGAACCCCCAGUGUCCCGAGAAAGGCCCUUGCCAGGAAGCGAGAGAGCCAGGUGGCGAGGAUGUCAUCUCAGCACGGGCAGCAGCGCUUUCCUGCCCUCGCCUUUCCCCUCUCCCCAUUUCUUUUUCUUUUCUGUGGCGCAUUAGGAGUCACGUUGCAGGACUAGUUUACAUCUUCACUUUCUGAAGACACUUGAAUUUAGGACCGACCUAUCUGUGACAAGCAUGAGGGUGGGGCUGCCAUGGCUGGCUUCUCCCCUCCCCACUGUACUGGGCGGGGGGGGGGGGGUGUGUAUGUGUGUGUCUGAGGGCCGACACAAGGCCCUAGUGGGUGGCUCUGCACCCUAGAGGUGGCGUCUGUGCCCAGGGGUGGCACGUGCUGAGUGUGCUGGGGCCUUGUGUUGGGCUCCAGAUCCGGGGCCAACUGCUGCCCUGUGUGUCCUGGCCUCCAGCUCAGUCCCACUUCCAGACCUCUGUCUGAGUUGUAAUGUUCUGUUUUGUUCCAUUAUAGCCCCCCCUCCUUUCCUGAUGAUUGAUUUUACAAAAGAAAGCAAAGCUGCUUGAGGCCCUGGUGGAAGAGUUGGGGGCCCAGGAGACUAACUUGGGGGUGGGGUUUUGCCAAAAUCCUGGGCAAGGAGCGGUGAGUGAGGACUCCCAUGUAUCACUGGGGGAUUUUGGGGGGGUCCCAGGCUGGCCUGCCCCUGCAGCCAGCUGCUGACAGGGACAAAGGACAGUGAGGCGGGAGAGAAGAGGGGCCGCUCUCACUCGUAGAACAUUACCUUUCCAUGCUAGGAUAUCCCGUUCAAAAGAAGAAAAAAAAUGUAAAAUACUUGAAUGAGCUUGUAUUAUAACAUUAAUAUUAUUGAGGACCUGCUUUCCAGGCUGAAGUGAUUCAUCCAUUAUUCUAGUCCUGCUUUAGUCCUUUGUAAUUUGUGGUAAUUAUGCUUUUCUUUUUAAUACAAAAAAUGUAUAAAAAUAAAAACUUGAAAAGGCA